UAUAAUAGGAUAUAAUGCAUGUGGAUAACACCAUUUUCUAUGAAAAGCAGCCAUACCACACUGUAGAUAUUGCUGCUCGUCCGCCAAUACAAUCAGCAAACAUCAGUAUCCGUCCUAUGGGUGGAUUAGUACGUCCGUUAAUGGUGGACAUGAAUAGUAUUACUAGCAAUGCUAGCAGUAAAGUCAUUCAGAACCCAUCUGAACUGUCUAUCAGCCAGCAGGACAGUGUAGCAGUCCGAGAGCGUCACAUCAUUCCUGCCAGUAGAACACCUGCACCCACUCCAGAUGCCAUGAGCAGGUUUAGAGCGACAUCAAAGCUGCUCUUCACCCCAACAGGACGCAGACAGUCGUCGACAACUACUCAUCAGUCCAGUCUGCUACUCACCAAACCUCGAACAGCAGCAGUCCACCAACCAGACUCGACUGUUGCCAUUAAAAUAUCCAACACUCUUGUCCGAACAAGCCAGACUGUCAUCAAUCCUCGCUUUUCAGACUCUUUGGACAUUCCUUCUUGUUCAUUACAUCGACACAAAGUGCGCAAGGUUGCAACACUCACCGCACCAACUGAAUUCCGUCAUCAUUCCAUUCACAAGAAACCCAACUCGGUCAAGUCAAAAAAACCUUGUGUGGAAAACCUUGACUCGACCAUUCUUUUAACCCAACCAACUGCUUGCUCAAAUCCAACUGUUCAACCGAUUGCUACGCAUCCCAAAUCUCUUGUAGUCACUAAACCAGAUCCAGCCAAGUUGGAGUAUUUUCAAUCACUUUUACGCGAUCACCAGCAAACUCGACACACUUUUACAUUACCAUCACAUCAUGUUAAAAACAAAUCUCUAGCAAAACCCUCAAGUGUUGCUGCUCAUGAUUCCUCAGCAGCUAAAAAACAAAACCUUUUUUCAUCAGGCAUUCACAAUGAAAACAUAAAGGAAAAUAUAUCUUCAACUCUGCACAAUCAUCCAUCACUUGCAGUUACUCAAAAAAAUAUAGACCGAUCUGCAGAGAUACGUGAUUACAUUAAAGCAAAAAGGCGAAAAGAAAUGGAAAAAACUGAGCAGGCUGCUUUAAAAGAAAAAGAAAGACAAGAGAGCAUCGCAAGCAAGCUGAAACGGCUAGAUACAGUCAGAAUGAAGCAAAGGCAAACCAUCUCCAAACGCACUGAUAAAACUCUAGUGUUCCAGUCUGCAGCGUAUCAAAAUUCACAAAACACUGAAAAUGAUACUGGCCACAGCAAUAAACUUGGUUUGGUUUCAAAGGCUGUAUCUGAUGAAAAGUCUUCUGAAAAAGAUGAGUUUGAUAAACCACUGCCUUGUAUGGAUAAUCAUCUGUUUACAGCUUUAAAAUCAGAUACACCACCAAAAAACCCAGUUUUUGACACGAUAUCCUCGGCAGUAAAGCUUAUCGAACAUUCAGAAAAACAAGUCAUCUCGCCUGAUAAUCUGGGUUCUAUAGUUUUACCCAAUACACAGCUUCCAUUACCAACUCUGCCCUUGACUCCACCAGUUGCACAACCAGCAUCGUCAAGUAGCAUUGCGCAUUUAUCCGAUGGUAUUACUUUUACUCAGCAGACAUCACUACGACAGACUUUGCCUACUUCAUCGCUUCAGCUUGAACCUCACUCGCAGGUUGAUCCAUCGCAAAUACUAGUCAUGCAACAACUCAUUCAAAAUAUGGAGGCUCUUCAAGAUCGUAUUCAACAGCAAAUAAACCAAUCUCGUAUGGCUGAUUUACAUUCUUAUGACUCGACUUCAGAAAGCGCAUCUUUUAUUUCACAACCAAUUGUAUCUACUUGUGUCACUUCCACAAUAGAUUCAGCCCAUAUUUUGGAUGAAAUUGUGAUUGCUGCAAAAUCGAGUCCAAUAAAAGACACAGCAAAAGAUUUGAGCUCCACUAUAAAAGCUGCAAAGCCAGUAGUUGAUAAUGGUGCAAACUUUGUUGGUGUAGAAAGCCUUGCAGCAUAUUCACGUCAGAGUCUAAAUCGUAUACGGCGUAACCAGGCUGCUUUUGUUAUCCAAACAUUCUUCAGGCGCUAUGGCGGAUUAGCAGCUAAAAAACGAAUACUGGCGAAUACUAAACCUUUUUGUUUUUCAAACCAAGUUUCAGCGACUUCCUACGUGGAUACUGCCUGUAUUUCCGAUAUUUCACAAACUCCCAUCAAGCAUCCAGCCGCGACAUUUGAGACUGCCAAAAUGGAAACAGUACCAUUUAUAGAAUCGUCUGAAAAGCAUUCAAUUGAAAAAGUACAUGCAUCUAUUGAGCACACUCCAGCUGAAAAUACCGUCGCGAAACUUGAUACUGUCAAAGAUACCCCACCCAAUUCUCCUUCUACCAUGUCAAUACUCAUUUCACCAGCUCAAUCUUUUCAACAAUCAGUCAGUCUAGAACCAGACUGCAAGCAGAAGGAGUCAGAUUUAAAUGAGUUUAAGUUGCUAUUUCGGCAAGUGGCAUCUUCAGAUCAGUGCAGCAUUGUCAAUAUUUUUGCACGCAAAUUACAUUUGGAAUCUAUUGCUUUACCUGAUGCAAAGAGUGAAAUAGAUGACUCUAAAUUAAAAUCAGAACCAGUAUGCACUGUUUCAGAUCAAGUAAUUCCACCACAGCCAAUACAGCCGGUUACUCCAAUUCAAGCCCCUGCUCAGCUAAUCGGAGAAUUUGAAAUAUCGCCAGAACCUUUGGGUAAAAUUAUAAAAGAUAUUCCUACUUCUGUUUCAUUGCCUUUGACAACCACACUUUUUGAAUGCUUAAACCCAGCAGUCAUUAGUGAGCAAAUUAUUACCAAAAAACUUGAAAAUCCAGUAGAAUCAGAUUGUAUUACGACAGACCACCCAUUACAAAAUCAGCUGUCGCAGCAUGAUCAACAAGGACAUCUUGAAGAUUUCAAAUCCGAGUAUUCCGAAGUGUUUGAAGGUUUUGACAGCACGCAUACUUUGUCCUCGAAUAUUGAAUCUCCAUCAUUGUCAUCGUCAAAACUUUUAGAUUCAAAACAUCAAUUCCAAGAAUCCUAUCCACAAUUACCCGAGACUAAAGCCAGAUAUCCAGAAAAUCAAACCACACACUUGCACGACUAUGGUAGUUUUCAUCCCACUCGCCGUUUUUCAGACACUAAAGAUUCUUUCAUGAACCAUCCUAAUGGCUGGCUUAGUCCAACCUCACUUUCUCGAAAAUUUGAAGCAGAUCUUCAACUUUAUUCUGCUAUUCACGAUGCGCAUAUCCAGUAUACUGAAAUGGACAAGAAUCAUAGUGUUGCUAGAGCAAAAAUUGAGUCUGCUGCUUUGGCACAAAUGCUAACUGAUCAACGUAAACAACACCAAUUGGAUUUAGAACGAGCAAGAAACGCCAAGCAUGCUGCGUUAAGCACACGCAAAGUCGUUUCCGCCCAUCAUAUGCCAAAUACUACUCAGGGCAACAAAACGGAUGUCCCAUUUAAACCUAGCGUAUCGCCACAAAUUGCAACUCAAUAUCAGACAUACGAUGAAGAUUCAUUUGCAUCGGCUUUGUCUUUAGAUGCCCCGGUUAUAGCAACGAAAUCUGGCGUGCCAACAAGUGAGAGUGUAUAUCUUUCAGAAAAAGAAAACUCUGAAUCAAUCAAUCAAGUCAUUGACCAAGCUGUUUCUACCCCUAAGCAUGAAACAAGUAUAUCCGAGUUUAUCGAGGAUCUAUCGUCACAUUUUUCUGUGAAAAUUAAAACUGAUGAAACAAAGGAUGCUUUGGAAAAUGUUGCAUCAAAUACUCGACAUACACAAGCAGCCAAUCAAAAUGCAGACGUCACUCCGUCAUGGCAAAGCCAAUUUGAGCAUGCCAUUCUACAAAAACUUGAUCAGGACAAGGUUCAAAUAGAAAGCUUGAAACAAAUUAUUCUUUCUGGCAAGUUGAAAAAUAAGCCCAAGACAAAAAGCCCUACUAGAAAAUCACACAGUAAAAAAACUGUAAAGAACCCAAAAAGUCCACGUACAGCCUCGUCAAACUUGAAAGAAGAAACACCUUUUAAACAAAAACACAAGUCUAUCCAACCAUCAAUAGAUUUAAUUGAUGAUGAUAUAUUAUCAGCAUCUAACGCGUUUUCCUCUCAUAGCACGCGCUCCAUUUCAGAAGCCAUAUUAGAGGAUAUUUCCGUGAAUGCAUCUGUUUCUGAAAUAAUUUAUCAGGAUGCCUUUAAUUCGUUUGAAAGCUUUCAUGAAUCUACUGAAACUGGAUCAUCUACUCCACGUGUCAACAAACAUGUUUCAGCCGUGUCUGAUCUAAAUCUAGUCUCAUCUGGCACAGUCACUCCAAUUCCAAAAACCAUAUCGUCUACAAGCAGUCUUACAGAACUUCAGCUAAAACUUGAAAACAUAACACGCUCACUUGAUCCAUCUUACCUAAAAAGGAAGGAAGAAAAAUUGAGUGUAAGCCGCACGGCUGCUAACGAGCUAAUAGUCAAACGAAAAGAGUUACAGGCGUGGGAAGCUCGACUAAAAGCAGAGCAAGAUCAUAUUUCUCGUACACUUGACGAAGCAUUUAAAGAUAUUGAGCCGUUUAAAGUUGCAACCAAAUCUGCUGAAAGUGAGGGAUUUCAUCCAGUCAAAUCAUCUGCUAGGAUACAUACAGUGUCCAAAUCUGAAAACAUAGAACCGGCGCUAUACAAUAAUAUAUCUACAAGCAAUUCCAAGCACGUAUCAUUACAAUCAAAACCAAUAAUUGUUGAAAGCAUUGAUAAGGAUGUGUCGCACGAAGUUGAUACAUCACACUACGACUCUGUCCACGAAGACUUUAGCGUAUCAUCAAUUUACAACUCGGAUUUUAAAAUGUGCAUUGACGGAACAAGUAAUCUGUCCAUACAUAACUAUUCGCACCAAAAAGAGAAAAAAUCACCUCGAUCUGUUGUAGAAAGCAUUCGUACAUCUGAUGGUAUUUCUGAAAUUGACGAAGCGAUGGAAGAAUUUGAAGACUAUGACAAAAAUGAUUUAUCCUUUGAACACAGUAUUCAAAGUAUUGUGUCAAACGCUAUUGAUACAGCCAAAAAAACGUUUCAUCUUGAUCGAGACGCGUCUAAAUCUCCUGUAGCAGAAAUCAAGCCAGAAUUGGUUAAAUAUGAACAGGAUGAGUUUGAUUCUAUUGGUUCUACUAGCCACUCGGUGUCAAAAGAAAUUAAAGUAGAUAUGGAACCGGAGCCUACCAAAAUCAAUAUAGUACCUAUUUCAAAAUCGAUUGCUCUUGUAGGGGCAGUUAAAGAAAUAGAGCCGUGUGUGAAUAAUGCUGAAUUGGUUGCUGCUGAACUGCGGAUAUCUAUUUUAAACGACCAGCUUAAGAAAAAGCAGCAAGUGCUUCAGCUACUUUCAGAAAAGCGAGAAAAUCUGCGAAUAAAAACAUUACUGGAGACUGAAAUGAGAUUGCAACGCCAGAUCGAGGAAUUGGAUACGGCCGCGGCUGCUUUUGAACUCGAACUAAAUCAACCCGUUGAAGUACCAACGAAUGUCACCACCUCUCUCAUAAAAACACAGCCAGUAUUAAAAACGGCAGUUUCUGAUGCUAUACCAGCAUCUGCUGCUACAAAGCAUGUACAUAUGUCAGCAGAGGCUUCUGUUGGGGGUUUUACCGAAAAAUAUAUAUUUUCACUGACAAACCCAUCACUAAUACAGCAAUCAGCCGCACCAAUUUUUGCAGAAACUACUUCAUUGGCUGUUAAUUUGCCAGUAGAUGUAAAGCCCUUCAAUACAGCGUAUUCAUACAACGAGGAUUCAUUUUCUGACAUCUCGUCAAUUCAUCACGCGCCUUCAUCUACUGUCUUACAGUCGAUACCUCAAGAUAUCACGACUCAACCACCAAUACUACCUGUGGUUGAAAUCACUUUACCCAAUAUUCAAAAAAGCGUAGCCAUGCCUUUAUCCAAACCUCUUGAGAAUCUCAAUGAUACUAGCUCAGACAUUUCAGAAGAUUUUGAAUUUGAAGUCCAAGAAACUUUAUCCGAAACUCCACUUUUUAGUUCGGUUAUACCUAAAUCAUUUGAAAUUUCUGCACCUGCAUUAGUUUCCAAUACUGAUGCAUCAUCAAUCAUUGACACACCAACACCUUCUCUUCCAAAUGCAGCUGCUUCAUCUGAACAGUCAAAAAUCGACACUCAACCUGUGAUUUCGACCCAAUCAUUUUAUAGCAACGGUAGUUUAAAUUCAAUCGCUGAAGCAGAGACCCAGUCCAUUGUUAUUUCAGCGCAAACUACAAAAAAUGACAAGUUAUCAAUUUUUGACAACUUGAUAUUGAAUCCUGUUGAUUCUAUGCCGUCGCAAAACGAUACUGACGCAAUACAGCCUAUUUUUUCUGUUUUAAAGUCAAAUACCAAUGCAACAGAUUCUACUGAAACAUUGAUAAAGGUUGGUGUUGUAGAUAAUGUUGACGAUGAUUCAUCAGAUAGUAUUUCUGAAGAGUUGAACUUUGAAGAUGAUACGGCCAGUCCGACCAACGCUGUUUCCUCUGAUCUCAAAGCUGACUUGACAGUUUCUGCACAAAUUGUAAUGCCAGACCAAGAAAAAUCUGGUUUUACUCUCAAAAUUUCCAACGAUUCAAUCAAGCCAUCAGCAAAGUCUGAACCGCCAAAUAAACUUUCUACAGGCUCAGAUAUGCUUGUCAUCAACUCAACAUCAAUAGAGUCUGUUGACUCAAAACCGGAAAUUUGUCAAAAUCAUUCAAAAUCAAUCGAGAAAGAAACACCACAAAAUGCUCCAGCUGAAGUUGAUUUGAACAAACUUGCAUCAUGCUUGAAUGUGACAUUUGAACAAUCAAAUACUGAUCAACACUCUUUAAUUUCUGACUCAUUGGCGUCAACCAAACUUUCAAAUCUAGAUCUUCCAUUGCUUCCAAAAAAAAUGUUUUCCGAUGAAACCAUUGAUUUUAUCACCGACUCGAUAUUUGAGAAAUUAUUAGCUGAUACAAUAUCCAAGAUUAAAACAUGUCCUCCUCAUCAGUAUGUAUCCAAUAUCCAUUCGACAUGUCCUCCCACAUCGAUCAUUCCGACAACCGUUCCAUCUUUAAAAUCGAUUAAGAAAGAAGUAGUAUUUAAACCGACAUCACUCGCAGGUAUUAUGGACAUACUUGUUACCAUACUGGAAAAUUUAGACUUUCCUUUGAAUGGCCAUGGAUAUACUUGUGCUCCAUUUCUACAUUUUUCUAUUCUCGACAAGCUCUCUUAUACCAUCGAUAACACAGUACUAGAAAUACGCGAGCUAGUUCUUGCUGUAGCCAACGAGACCCUAUAUAAUUUAUUUGAACUACACAGACAGUAUGAUGAUCCCAUAAGACCUUUUUUAAAAAAACAGCCAUUGAAACCACAUGCAAUAACUCGUCCAGCACUUUUAACUGCAGUCACAAAGGCUGUAAAAGACUACGUCGAGUAUUCAGAUAUUCAUGAUGAAAACCUGGAUGUGUUGCUUAUUGAAGAAAUUAAAAGAAACGAGCGAGACUGGCUUGCAUUGGAUAUUCCAGAAGCUAUGAUACGACUCAGACUUGAAGAGGAGAUAUGGGAUGAGCUAAUUGGUGAUACUGUUUUGGCUGUUGGUGGUGCUUUUGGCUAA